UGAGACGAGGAGCACAGGAAAACGCCUCAUUGAAUGUGUUUCACGGCUGGAAACAUGAGGCCGCUAAGCUCUAAGCAAAUGAUGCACUGCCACCAAUGCUUCUCACCCGAUUUCAUCCUUUUGGCGAACCGCGCCACUCGUUCCAAAUCACUUUUAUUUAUUUCGAUUGAAAUAUUCAUGGCUCCAGCUACAACGUUCCUUGCCCCACUGCACCUCCUUCUCUAACGCUAGCUUCCAGCAGGCUAUAGGUGUCCUGCACCACUCUGUCGCAAACGGAGAACAAGGGAAUACGUAACCACAGCUUUCAACAACAAUAGACCAACGGUUAGUACAAUGGAACAAUAAGUAAACAACACGCCUUGGACAUGCAACUCAUUUUGGAGUAUCCUUUAUCAUGAUUCGCAGGUGAAAAUCCAGACUCAGCAAGAUCGACAGCCUGUGUAUCUACCCUCACUUCUACCUCUACCACCACUGGUUGGUGCUUUCAUAGUUUCUCAUGUUCGCCCGUAUCGCCAGGUUGCGAUUCCUUCUACCCCUUCUUCUUACAUUCUCUUCAUUGGCAGCUGCUAGAGAUGACUCUCUGUUCACUUCCUCCGUGACUUAUUGCUCACCACCAGAGAGUCUCCUCAUUCAGCAGUUUGACGUCGCAUACUUUGCAAGUAAUCAGUCCAUAUGGUUCAACAUUUCCGCAGCAAGUGUCGACGCCAACGUCAAUGUGACCGCUAAUGUAUUGGUGAACGUCUAUGGAAUGCAUCCCGUCAACUUUACCAUCGAUUUAUGCUCGCUGUUCAGUGGUGCCCUGUGCCCAUUACCGAUGUAUAACUUUACCGGUUCCGACUCCAUCCCUCUGCCAUCUUCCCUCGGUGUUUCCGACAAGAUCCCUAGCAUCGCUUUCCAAAUUCCGGACCUUGAGGCAUAUGUACAAUUAUCCCUCACGGAAGUGAACACUGGAGUCCUUAAGGCUUGUGUUCAGGCAACCCUUUCUAACGGCUGGUCAGCACAUCAAGUAGCCGUGGAAUGGGCAACUGGUGCACUCGCACUACUUGCUCUUCUUUCUGCAGUUUUCUCUUCGUUUACGCCAAACACCCUGGCACCCUUCCGUCUUUUCGAUCUUCUCUACCUAUAUCAAUGGACUGCGUCAACAGCACUCCUGGAUCUUAAUUAUUCCUCAGUCUAUCAAGCAUUUACAACAAACUUUGCAUGGGCGAUGGGUUUAUUCUCCGCGUCUGCAACCUCUCCCAUUCAGAUUUCCAUCAACAACAUGCGUCACCUCACCGGAGGCAAUAUGGCUGAUGCCACUGGAGGUUCUGCAGUUGCUCUCGUGAACCGCGAACUUAGCCCAUACAAUGCCAUAGCUUCGUUAACUUCUCUCGCCUCUUCCGAUCAAUAUGCGGGCAUCGGCGUAGAGAACCUUUGGGCGUCUUCUAAUAUGACUUCAGCCAAUUAUAUCUCGGACAUCUCGGUAGCCUCUGUUCAAGAACUCUCUACCUCUGGCGAUGUACAGCUUGUGACAUCGGCAUCCACCAAUGUUCUCCAGGCCGGUGUACCUAUCUAUGUCAACUCUGUUGGCAUCGCCACGGCCAACGCUUUCAUGACCGUCUUCUUGGUCGUCUUGAUGAUCACCGCAAUAUUACUUGCGGUCCUUUCCGUCGGUUAUUGCAUCCUUGCCGCAACAUCCUGGUAUGGACAACGGACAGAAAGGUACAUCGCUAAUUGGCGUCAUCGAUAUCCUUCAUUUGCCCGUGCCUGGCUGCUGCGCAUCUGCCUGAUUGUAUUCACACCAGUGGCAAUAUUUGCGUUCUAUCAGUGGACGCUCAAGGAUUCAUGGCUGUCUAUCUUCCUCUCAGUGAUUUUAUUCCUUGCGGUGGUUAGCUAUAUCCUACAUUCUAUCGUCCUCGUGCAUCGCCUGGCCCUUCGUUCAACGCCCUCUGAACUGUAUACGCAACCCGAUCUCCUAGCUUCUCAUGGUCCUCUGUACGCGAUAUACCGCUCGGAGCGAUUUUACGCGACUACUCCCUUGAUAUUGGCUAUUUUCGUGAAGGCCCUCUUUAUUGCCUUUUCUCAUGUCAACGGUGUCGUGCAAGUUGCCGCAAUCCUCGUUGUAGAAUGCAUGGUCCUUGCCUCUCUAUUAACCCUUCGGCCACACAAAUCAAGAGGUGCUGAUGUCCUCGCAACCUACCUGGCGAUUACCAGAGUACUUUGCACUGGCCUCAUGAUCGCUUUUUUGGAGAGCCUAAACUUAGGGGCAAUACCUCGCGUUGUGAUCGGCAUCGUGAUAGCUGUGAUCAUUUCGGUUGCGGUCAUCGUCAUGUUUAUCAACACGCUUGUGAACAUGGGCAUCAUGAGACUUGUUCCGGCACGUUAUAGACGGCGCCCGGGUGCCACACCCAGUGGUUUGGAUGUGGAGAAGGGCGCUGAAAAUGAUGAGAAAGACUGGCGGCCGCGGAAUCCUACGCCAGAGCGGAACAUCCCCCUGGAUCCUGAUGUUAAUCAACCAUAUCCCGACAGUCCUUCCCAGACUGUGACGGACCAUCAGAGUCUCUAUUCAGAAGAGUCGGGGUCAACAACCCUAGGUUCACUGCUCCCGCGGCGGUGGUCAAUCCAACAAUCUCAACCCUCAAAUCACUCGCGGUCCAACUCUCAAUCGCAGUACUCAUCAAGUCAAUCCAAUUAUUCACCCUCCCAGUCCAAUUAUAUAUCAAAUGUGUCGUCACCACGGCAGUCCGUGCCACCUUCGCCGCUACGCACACAAUCACCAUCACAUAGCAGACAGCCUACUAUAGACGAGCACCCUCCAUUUCCAUAGACGUUCCUUUUCCCCCUCAAGUCAUUUUCCGUAGAGUUAAAGCACUUUCGCCUUCUCGCAUCUGCAUGUAUCGUUCUUCAUCUUGUUUCACUCGCAUUCACUCUCACUCAUUUGGACAAAUCUGGUAAUGCAUGUAGAUAGUUCUCCAUGAUGUGCAUGAUGAGUCACGUUAUAUACUUAUUCUUAUUUUCUUAAGUUGCUUUUGUUAUAGUCUUACGGGCGAAUAAUUAUAUUGGUA